AGCUCUGCGUGCGUGUACCAUAAAUCCUAGAUCGAAUUAGCUUCCUUGCACGGAAGAGAGGUGGCCGUUUUCCGUUCUUCUCUCCGCAUCCCUUUAGACCACAUCAGCUGACCGCCCUUCGCUCGCUUGGCAGCAGCGACGACAAUAAUAAACGCAGAAGCGAUGUCUUGUGUUGCGAAGUGUGGUGGCUACCGCUCGCUGCGCGCGGAGUGCGCCCGUGACCCCUGCCUCGCCAAUGAAAUGUGCAAAGUGGUGGACCCGUCCAGGAAGGAUUGCGCUCAGUGGUGCUGCACCAGCCGCAGCGGCUACGUCUUCUUUCUGGUAUUCUUCUUCUGCGUCGGCACCUUCGCGUUGUGUGCGGCGUAUUACCUCUACCGUCUGCAUCAGGCGAACGUGGACGGCGGCGCGGUGCAGGAGAACGGUGAGCCGGUGGUCAUUACGGAGGCGCCGACGGAGGAGGAGUUAGCCGCUGUUCGUCGGAAGAAGCGGACCGUCACCGUGGACCCGGCAUUGUUGAAGGACCUGGAGGAAAAGAAAUGA